GCUGACUGUGUGUGUGUGUCGCGCAGAUUACAAAAAGGACUCCACGGACAGAGAGCGCGCGGCGGCGCCCCGCUACCUGAGACACAAUGUAGCGAACCGAAAUCGCACACGAGAGUCUAGUUUGACCGGACCGGACCGAAGUGAACUGAACUAUGCCCAGCGCCGACAGAACUUUACCUGAACUCGAGAGGAACUCUUUCUUUCACUGCGAAAUGGCAGAGAGAGGUGGUGAUGUGAACACCCUCAGCGUGCCAAUGGUCAUGCGUAGAGGAGAUUCAGAGACUUGUUUGGAUCUGGAUUCUAAUCUGGUGGUACGGGACACCCCACGAUCACGUGCUGGUCUGAACACCCUGAAGCAGAAAGUGCUGAAAGUGAAAGAGCAGCUGAGAAUUGAACAAAAUUUACAGGAUGAGAACGUGGCUGAGUAUCUCAAACUCAUUAACAGUGCCGACAAGCAGCAGAGCAGCCGCAUCAAACAGGUGUUUGAGAAAAAGAACCAGAAAACGGCACACAAUAUCGCUCAGCUUCAGAAGAAGCUAGAGCAGUAUCAACGCAAGUUGAAGGAGUGUGACAUCUCAAAUGGGACCAAACACACGCCACCACACUUCAAAGAAAAUGAGCUGCUCAGAGACAACCCCAAGGACAGCGUGGUCACAGGAAGUGGGCACCACUCACAUUUGGACAAAGUCAAAACUAUCGGUCCGGGAGUUUCACUGUCGCCACCGUUCUUCUUCAGCAAGUCCAAAGGGAUUGCAAACCUCAUUCGCAACAAAUUUGGUAGCGCGGACAACAUUGCACACCUGAAGAGCACCAUGGAGACGGGAAGUGGGCUGCAGGUGGAAGUGGGGGCCCGAAAUCUGAGUGGCAGCGCCACCAUAACCCCUAAACCCAAAUAUCCGAGCGAUGACGAGUGCUCCACAGAGACGUCAAUGUCCAUUGAGAGUAAUGGUCAUGUGACUGGAUCAGGUGUGCCAGGGUCUGGGAGAGAAGAGGGCCAAGCGGGAAACAGCAGCCGGCUGGUGGAAGCCUGGGAGGAGAUCAGGGACCUGAGAGAAGCUCAGAAUCUACUGUCAGAAGACAUUGACACUCUGAAGACCCAGUUUAGAUGUGAAUUUGACAGUAUUAUGCAAACACUACAAGAGGAGCGAUUCAGGUGUGAGCGGUUGGAAGAACAGCUGAACGACCUCACAGAGCUCCAUCAAAACGAGACCGGAAACCUUAAACUGGAGCUAGCCAGCAUUGAAGAGAAGAUGGCCUAUCAAGCUAAUGAACGAGCACGAGAUAUACAGGAUGCUUUAGAAGUUUGUCAGACGCGAGUGAGUAAGUUGGAGUUACAGCAGCAGCAUCAGCAGGUUGUGCAGUUGGAAAGCGCCGACGCCAAAGUGCUGCUGGGAAAAUGCAUCAACAUCAUGCUGGCCAUCGUCACCGUGAUCUUGGUGUGCGUCUCCACUGCUGCUAAGUUUUCCGCUCCACUGAUGCGGAGUCGUCUACACAUGUUUGGGACUUUCGUAUGCGUGUGUCUACUGCUGUAUAGCUGGAGCAACUGGGAGCAUCUGCAGUGUGCAAUAGAACGAAUGCUGCUGCCCAGAUGAGGGACGCAAAACAUGCCUGUUCAGUGAUGUUCUCCUGGGAUCUUCCCUUCAUAAUGUGACUGUCCCAAGACGAUGGCUUUAACACGUUCUCUCGUUUCUUCUUUUUUUUGGUAUGUUGUGUUUUUGUGUGUUUGUGAAAGAGUAUUCAUGAUGUACUGUAGCAGAAACGGAUCCACCUCUGUGACUAUAUUGUGUUAUUUCAAAUAACU